UGGGCGGGUUGCGAACGAAUUUGGUGAAAUGGAUGGCCGUUUGAUACUUAUAGGCAUAAAAGUUGUGAAAGUGUGCGCUUUGUUGUGCAUACUGAAGCAGUUUCUGAAGUAGCUGCUCAUGCUGACGUUGACAUUAUGAUUAGGCAUUAACCGAGAAGCUGGCAUACCAGUGCUGUGUCAGUGUGUCGUGGUGAUAAGUGGCUGGGACUCGCUGGAUGACUAAGUGAAAUUAGUAUCAUAUCCUCCCGGUCAUUAUCAUCAUAUGCAGCAGACAUUGGUUUUGAAUGUGACUGAUAAUUGCCAAGGUGACUGACAGCGCCAUCAGAAGCCACGAUGAACGUGACCGUUGCGGACGAUAGCCCGAACGCGGCUCGGUGGAACGCCAACACCACUGUGGGCGUCAAGGAUCUGACGUUCGACAGCAACUUCGCCUUCCUCAUCAUCUCGCUGCUGGUCGUCGCCGUCUGGGUCAUCUACAUCACGUUCUACAACUCGCGGCUGUUCGGCCUCAUCGUCACCAGCAUCGUCAAUAGGUUUAUCGACCAGAAUGCCUACUUCAAAGUCGGCUCGUUUUCGUUCUCGGUGCUCUCGGGCAAGGUAAUGUUCCGCGAUCUGGCCUACAUCACGACCGACAGCACGGUGCGCGUGCAGGACGGCUUCUUCAUCUUCCGCUGGUGGCGCGUCUACGUGCCCAAGGAGGCCUCAGAUCUCUCCAGCCGUGACACGCGCCUGUUCGUGGUGCUGAACGGUCUGGAGCUGCACCUGUACAACCGCUCCUGGGUGUACUCUCGGCUGGAGCGGCUGUUCGGUCUCGAGCAGCUGCUGCUGGGCCCGGACGGGGACGGCGGUGACCCGGAGGAGCCGCCCGAUAAGGGCGGAGGAGGCGCCGGCUCUCCGCCGCCCACAGACGCCGAGGUGGCUGCUCUGGAUCCGUACCGCAGCUGGAGAGACCUGGUGCCAGUCAUCAAGGCGGAUAUCUCAACGGGCCGAGUGGUGUUCGGUAACCGUCUGGUGCCCACCACUCUGAUCGUGUCGGUGGAGGAGGCCAAGUGUCUCUACUCGACCAAACCCUCCGCCUCGCAGUACGACCUCUUCAUGCACUACGUCAAAAUGACGGCCGAAAACUUCAAGGUGAUCAUGGCUCCGUCUCGCAGCUACACGGGCCGUCGGGAUGACCCGCCGCGCUACAUGGGCGAGGGCUUUGUGGUACUUCAGUCCAAUAACGUGGACAUUUACGCGUACAUGGACGUACCCGGCUGGGUGCCCGAUGGCGUGGAGGAGACGGAGACUGAGCGGCUGGCCAACGGUGACCCGUGCGAGUCGCCGCCGCCCGUCUGCGGUAUUGAGGUCAAGUGCGGCCGCGGCACCGACUUCAGCUACGGACCGUGGGCAGACCGGCAGCGGGACUCGCUCUUCCGGUUCUUCUUUCCGACCUCGUACGAGCCGCAGCGGGUGACGCCGCCGGCCAGACCCGGUCAGCGUCGGCUCCACCAGGCGCUCGAUGUCCGCGUCAGCACUCUCUUCGACGCCACCAUGGAUGUGCUGUUCACCAAGAACCAGGAGACGAGCGCGAUCCACAUGAACUUGGGCCCCGGCUCGUACAUGGAGAUUACCGUGCCGUGGGUGGUGGGCGAGACGGGCUGCUGUAACCGGGUUAUCGGACAGCUGCUGCACCUGGACGCCACUACUAGUCUGACGUACCGGAAUCUGCUGGAAUGCGAGAGUCUGGAGUUCAACGUGUCCAUGCACUACCCGAUCUACUGGAACGAAAAGUGCGACUGGACCUUCUCCUUGACCUUCUGCAAAACUACCGCCUACUUCGUCUACGCUCACAAAUACUUCCUUACUGAUCUACUGGACGACUGGUCAAGCUCCCAGCCUCCCGACCUGCUGCGGUUCGCCCCGUGCACCUGGAGCUUCCAGAUGUUGUUUAAGGAGUUCGAGCUGAUCACGCUCACCAAUGCUGGCAACUGGAUCGAUUGUUCGUCUCAGUCGCCAGAGAACGCGCACCUGGCCGUAUGCGGUGACAUGCUGGACUUGGGCUUCGACCUGCCGUUCACCGACUUCCUGCCAGAAACGGUGCCGUUCCUCUUCAGAGUCGAGGCGGAGUGUCUGGAGCUGCUCAUGUGGCUGCCGGAGGUCCGUGCCAGCCGAGCCGUGCUCCUCUCGCUGGCCUCAAACGGCCUGGUCAGCGGUCGGGACGGCGGUACCUACACGCCGGGCGCGCCGGCCGGUACCGCUGCCACCACCGUCACCAGCGCCUCCACUUCGGCUACCGGGGCGGCGGCGGCGGCGGACGCGGCUGGGACGCCCGGCUCCGCCCCCGGCUCGGACGGAGUUGAACAGACGACGGCCCGCUCAGAGGGGGGCACUGUCCGGUGGAAGAACCUCUGCAAACCCAGCUCGGGUUGGGUGGACUGCUGGCGGGUGCCGGUUCUCUCAUUACGUAUCGGCUACACCUACCACCCAAUGCCGCCGUUCGGCCCGUCACCGCAGGCCGACAUCCCCACACCGGACAAGGAGGCCAUCCUGCUGUCGCCGCUGCGCGCGCCCAAACGGAAAAUGUCGCCGCUGGAUACCGGAGCGCCGGUUACACGGGACGACUUUUGUCCGGACAGCCUGGCCCCCGACCACAUCAGUGUCGACCUGGAACUGGGGCCGUCCGAACUGUUCGUAUACGGAGCGCUCGUCGAUAACAUCAUCAACUUCAAGGACAACAUAUUCGGCGUGUACGAGGCGUUCACGGACAUGGCGUGCUGGCGGGACGGUCCUCCGGCCGGCUCCGGCUCCGGCUCCGCCUCGGGCGAGUCGAUGUCUCCGCCGGCCGCCCCCACCGGCUCGCCGCCCGACAAACUGCAGCCCUUCGACCCGCGCAAGUUCCGGCCGUUCAAAGUCACCGUGGCCGUCACCAUGCAUGAUAUUAGAGGGCACCUGAUGAAGAACUGCGCGCCGGGCGACCCUCCGUGUCCGACGCUGACCCUGGAGCGGAUCGGGUUCGAGAUGUCCAAGUCGUACUGGGAGACGCGGCUGCAGCUGCUGCUGUCGCCCAUCGUGGCUGUGGUUCAGGACACCGUGCCGCGGCCCGAGCCGCACAGACACCUGGGAGAGGGUCACCUGGUGCUCAGCGGACUGCAGGUGCGGGGACACGCCAUGUUCAGUAACCGCGGCAGGAGUGUCGAGGAGGACACGGUCGAGUACGGCUGGCUGCUGGAGGUGCAGGCCGGCACGGUCACCGGACGGCUGACGGCGGCGCAGAUGUACCAGACGGUGACGGGCCUCGAGUCGUUCCUGCAACUGCUUAAUGACCACGAGUCGGAGCUGCCGCCGCCGCCGGCCACCCAGCUGUGCCACCACGACACGGAUCAGGAGCUGUGUGAAUACACCACGCCAGAGGAUAGAUGUCCAUCGGCGGACGACAUCAAGUACAAGAUGUUCCGGUUCAGUCUGGACGCCCUAGACCUUCAUCUGGUGGAGUGCGGCACCUCGCUCAAUCUGCAGGUGGCUCCUUGCCGCGUCUCUACCUGUAACCUGUACGGCGAGCACAUCAAACAGGGUCUGACCGUGCUGAUCCCCGGCGUGGAGCUCUACAACUUCAUCUGCGCCAACGUGCCGCCGCCGGGCGCGCCCGAGGCGCCGCCACUCUGGGUGGAGGCCGGCGCCGUCCGCCUGGGACCCAUCAUUGUCGACCUGGCCCUCAGCUGCGAGGACAAGUGGGGAAACCUGCAGGUCGCCCAGGACAAGUUCCUCCGUUUGCACGACGAGUCCCAGCGUCGUCUGUGGUUCCUCUGGGAGGACGCCGGCGGCCCGUCCACCGCCCUGGCAGCCGGCGGUAGCCCUGCAGAGCGCUGCGGCUGCGUCGGCGGCUGCGCCUUCUUCGGCCGUAACGCCAACGGGGCGCGGUUCUUCCAUCCGAGCAAGUCGGACGAGGUGGACGGCAUGAACCGGGCAGAGUACAGGAUCUCAGAUGCGGACGACGACCUGGGUUAUGGCCAGUCCCUGCUACACCCGGGCCGACUGAUGUUCGACCUACCGGCUGGUAGUCCCCCGGCGGCCGAAAUGCCCUGGAGCCAGCCCCCGCCGCCGCCUCCGUCCAGUCGCGGGCCGGUCGGAUCCACCAGUGUCUCCCCUCCGAGGGAGUUUGGUGCGCUCAGUCCUCCGGCUGGGGUAGAUGAGGUGGACGCGGGGCCUCGCCACCUGUCCGACUCGCGGCUGGCGCUGCCCACCGCGCGCGCCGGACAGUCGACUCUCUCGCUGCAGACCCUGCCGUCAGUGGCGUCUGCGCCAGCGGCGGCCGGCCGGCGCGGCUCGCGUCACUCUCUGGCCUCCGUGGGCGCGGCGUCGGCGGCUGCGGCUCCCGGCGGACCUCUACGAGCCAUGGCCUCGCUGGGCUCUGAACAGAGCGAGUACUCAGAACUGUACUUCUCGGCCGACGAGGACGGUCUCUCGUCGCCGCUGCCGACGUUCCAGACGCCGCCGUCGACGCUGCAGAGGGCGGGAGGAGCUGGAGAGAGCGGCGGAGUGGAGGAGGCGGACCGGCCGGCGGCAAGGAUGGAGAACAGACCGGAGACGAGCAGACAGGUAUCGUUUGACGCGCUGCGUCCGCCCUCCUCGUCCUCCUCCGGCUCCAACAUCAGCUCGGGCUCCUUCCUGUCGGCGGCCUCUGUGGCCAGCGGCGAGGAGACCCUGCUGCCCGACAUCAACACGGUGGACCUGGUGGCGCAGGUGGAUCGACCCAUCACUGACAGUCCCCUUCUGAUGGCCAGCUACAUCUACCACCUGGAUCAGGUGGAGUGCCACAGCUGGUCUCGUCCCACGCCGCGUCCCUCGGCCUCGGACGGCAUCUCGCUGCGGCCGCUGGUGCGCCGGCCGGACGGCGGCGUGACGUUCGCCGGCCGCCUGUUCUCGCCGGCGUUCAGACGGGUGACGCGCGGCUUCUCCCACAUCCGCCUGGCCGCCGCGCCCGACAGUCCGGGCAGCGCCAGCCCGUCCCCGCCGUCCCCGCCCCGGUCAGAGCCGGCCAACGACGAGCACAAACUGUGGGACGUGUGGGAGAAUGAGCGCGGAGAGCUGGGAGGCGUGGUGGGCAGCCACGGCCGGCGCGGCGCCUCGCACACCACUCUGAUCGUGCGUCUGAGGGAGGAGACGGACCUGGCGCUGUCACCCAUUCUGCUGGAGGCCGCCACUCGGUUCGUGCAGACCCUGGUUCCGGCCCUGUCUCGGAUGCACCCUCAAACAGUAGUCAGCCGUCACCGCCGCUCUGCCGUCUCCUCUGUACUGGGCGCUAACCGUCUGAAGCGCGACCCGAACGUGCGCCUCAGCCUGCGCCGGGAGUCGUCCCUGCGCCGUGAGCCGGUGAUUCUACAGCAGACUCAUCAGCAGCAGGUGCAGGCGUUCGUCUUUGUACCCAGGGUCAACAUCACCUUCCUGCAAGCUUCCAUCACCGAGGAGACCAUCUCGUUCUCGGCCCUGGACGACGUCCGUGACCUGACCUGUGUCAGCCUGGCGGCGCUCAGCAUCGAGCGGCUUCAGCUGCAACUGCUGCAGCAGAGGCGUACUCAGAGGUCGCUGCACGUGCUGGCCAGAAACAUGAACACCAGCACCAAGAAGCAGCACGGCAAGAAGAAGGCCAAGGAUGUCCAGGUGACAUACGAGCCAUCGCUGGUGGAGACGGUCGACUCGGACUCUCAGGAGACGAUGAUCUCCGUGGACGUGGGUCGGUCACAUCUGCAGAUGCGGAGACUGAAGAAUGACAGCCAGCUGCUCAAAGACGCCGUCAUCACAUCUAUCCCGACCAACAAGGGCAAGGUGUUCUUCACAUACACCAACGUGCCGGCGCCUUUGGAUGGCGACUUUGGCCAGCCGGGUCUGGAGCCGGGCAGGGAGAUGACUGGAUACGGCGAGGAGAAACUCGGUUACAACAUGAUGGAGCUCGGUGUGGAGCAACUGGAGCUGAAGACGGUCCUGAAGCGUGGCGGCGGUACGGGGGUGUCCGGUACCGCUGCCGGCCAGGGUACCGGUACCAGUACGGGCCCUGCCGGCGGUACGGGCCGCGGUACAGACGACGAGCCGUCCCGCUCGCCUCAGCCGCCGUCGGCCAACUCUCGUACAGACGAGUCUGCCGGCAGUGAGGGCAAGGAGCGCACCACGGCGCUCAAUGUGGAUGUGCGCGCUGUGUGGGUCAACUGCGCCGCGCCGCCCAAGACGGCCGUCAUGAGGAAGACUGACUACACCAGAUCUGACUGGAACAUGCUGAGCACCUCCUCGCCGUCGAUAAACGCCUGGCUGAACCCGGCCAACCGGAUGACGGGCGCGGCGCUGCAGAUGACGUCGGCCCACACGCGCCGCCAGCUGGCCGUGAUGGCGUGUCUGAUGACGGCCGCGCUCGACCACCCCAACAUACACGCCACGCCCAAGAGCAAGUACUCGUGCGUGACGAGCGUGGCGCAGACGCUGCAGGAGGACCCGAGCUGCCAGCUGUGCAGCGUGCUGGCGCGCUACAUCCAGCAGACGCCUCUGGCGGAGCUGGAGACGGAGCUGCGCGCCCGCUUCCUGCCCGACACGACCACUCUCAAACAGGGUGUGUUGGUGCUGAGCCGCCAGUGGAAGAACGUGCUGUGGAUGCCCUUCCUGCUGGGACACAAGUUCAAGGACCCGCCGGCAGUGCCCACCUUUCUUCAUCAGCCGGCUUCCCGGGCUCCUUCUGUGGACGGAGAGGCUCGGCCCGAUGAGGAGAUUGAUGAGCGUACCUGCCUGCUGGACAUCCCGCUUCACUCGAGCAAACUGCCCCGCUCUCCGUCGCCGGCCUCGGGGCCCACGUCGCCCAUCUCUCCGGUCGGCGAGCCGCGCCCGUCGCUGCCCCACCAGCCGCUCCGCUCGGGCCGACAUUCAGUCAUGUUCCCACUUCUGUCGGCACACCUCGAGUCACCAGUGCAGGCUCUGGGCCGGCUGAACCGCGGCUUCAGUCGGCAGCAGGCCGGGGAGAGCAACCAGAGUCUGUGCAGCCAGCAGGGCGGUCCCGGGGGCACCGGCGGGGGUGCAGGGACAGUGGGGACGGCGUCACGCGACAGCCUGGACCCGCUCCAGGCCAGCCGACACGGGUCACUGCGGCAGAAGCCGACCGACGACAGCUGCGAGGACCUGUACAGCUGGAUGGCGCGGCAGCAGGCUAACGGCGGUGCCGCCGACCACCGCUGCCGUCUGCCGCUCUCACAGAUCAGGGACCUGGCGGGCGCGGUGGUGGACUCUGAGCACCAGCCGCUACUCAGUGUCAGCAGUGACGAGGAUGCCGAGGUGUCGUCCCAGCCGCCGCCGCCCUCUGGUCUGCAGGUGCUGGAGGCACACCAGAUCUUCGAGCCGCUCCUGGCCUCCGCAGGUGUUCUUAGCGAGGUGCUCGGCGGUGACACGAUUCUUCGUCAGCUGGGCAACUCUGUGAACCUGGUCUCCAGCCUGCAGUCUCUGAGGAUCGACAUAUCGGAGAGCAGCAACGGAGCCAAGCCGCGCCGAGGCCGGGCGCCGGCGCAGCUGUCCACCGAGCCGGCGUUUAUCCUGCGCGGCGGACGGGUGGAACUGGACCUCAGACAUGUGGCCGACACGGCUGUCGGCGAGUGGAUCCAGCGACAGCCGAACGCCUUCGUCACCCGCCGGCAACUCAAACGGCACACCCAGGCCGUGGUCAACUUCACCGUGUGUGCCGACUCACUGGCGCUCAAGGUGAACAUGCCACUGCUGCGCCUGGUGAACCAGAUGGCCAGUGUCUACUGGAACGCCCGAGAGACCCAGCACGGUCUGCGCGCCGAGCGUCUGAGAAAGGCCAGUCGGCGUGGAAGGCACCGCAAGAAUGACUCGUCCUCAGGCUCGGAGGUGCCCGACCUCAAGUCGCCGGAGCUGCACGAUGACCCGCUGGCUGUGCCCCUCUCUGCCGGAGGUCACAGCGGUUCGGACGGCUCGCUAUUCAAGUUUCCACCGGCGCCGCUGCAGCUGCACGCCCGCUCCUCGGCCGAGCAGGGGUCGGCUAGGGACAGUCACGGUCAAGGUCAGAGCUCGUUGGAGACGGGUCACAGCUCGUCCUCCCCGGACCGGCCGGAGGAGCGACCCGAGACGCCGCGCUGCUGGCGCACCGUCUAUCACCUGCUCAAACUGUACGCCAUCGUACCGGAGACCAAGACCGUCCGCAACAGCUGCCGCCUGGCCACCAUCCACGAGCACUCGCCGGACCCGUACCGCGGCACUGGCAAGUACGAGGUGCUCAGAGAGUCGGCCGCCGAUGACGCCGAGGCGGGUCUGCAGGACUCAGCAGACAUGCCGCGACCCCAGUCGGCACCCACGCCGCCGCUGCAGCCCGGCCAGCCGCCCCCGCCACCGCCGCCGCCUCCGCCGCCGCCCAACACGGCGAGGAAGACCACCGAUCAGCGCCUGUCUAGCCGAGAGCUCACCCCUCUGCUAGUGUUCGGGGUCGCCAAGGUGCGCCGAACCCUAGUGGAGGCCUCUCUGAGCGGUCUGAGAUUGGAGGCCGAGGUGCGAGAGGUGCAGGCGUCACUCACGGGCCGACACUACAGCCGGGCCGGCCGGCGCGGCCACCAGACCUCACUGACGGGACACCUGGGAGGGGUGCAGGUGGCGCUGCAGGAGCAGCUCGCCAGGGCGUCACAGACGGUGGUCAGUAUGACGGUGGCCAAGUCUCAGUGUCUCUACUCUACCGAGGCGCAGAAGAGGGCGGCGCGCGAGCGAAACUCAGCCCUGGUGACCAUCGGUAACAUCACCAUCGACAUCCCACAGCACCCUGUGGCGCUGCACAGCAUGGUCACCCGCAGCAGUGCCCACCUCUCCAACACGCUCAAGGAGCUGCGCCACAGCCGCUCGGGCCGUCUGGUCCGCGCCAGCACGUUCACAAUCGAGGACCUGGACACUCCGCCGUCGCAGCUGGGUAGACACAGGGAUCGGCUGGCGCGGGACCUCACCGGCGGCUCGGUGCCGCCCGCCGAGCGGCUACUGCACCCGCUGGCGGUCCAUUUCAGCAUCGUGCUGCAGAGUCUGUCCAUCACGGCGGCGCUGCUGCCAUCGCUGCAGGCCCAGUACAAGAUGGACACGGUCACCAGUAUGGGCGUCACCGGCUCCAAGGCCAAGUUCACCAUCGACCUGGCUAAACACGACCUGAGUUUCCGAACCAGGGUGGAGGAUCAGAAUCUGCCGUCGUCGGCCUCCGUGGCGCUGCCGCGGGUGCACAUAUCGGCCGACUACAUGCAGGAGGAGGUGGAACCGGGGCCGGUGCCGGAUGGUGUCGAGGUCUGUCAGGGCAGCUACUUCAGCACCGAGGCAGAGAUCGGCGCCCUCGAACACACGCUCUCGACCGACCUGCUCAACCACCUCGUCUUUGUACAGAAGGUGUUCAUGAUGGAGGUGAACGACGUGGUCCAGAAGAUGGCCGGCCUGGACAAGUUCAAGUCGCAGCUGCUGGGGGAGGAUGACGCGCCCGAGGAGCGCCCGCCGCCGCCGCCCUCCAAGCGGCCGGUGCUCUACAGCCUGCGGCUGACGUUCCGCGGCAUACAGAUCACGGCCACCACGCCGACAAACUACGCCGUCAGACUGGAGACGGGACUGACCGAGCUGAGACUGAGCAACAGGUACCAGCGUCUGGGCACGGAGCAGGCCCGCGCCGUGCCGCUCUCACGUCUGUACGGCCGAGCGGAGCUGAGGCUGAACGUCAGUCUCGGACAGCUCAUCCGGAACGUGGUGUUCGAGGAGGCCGACCCCGAGUUUCACCAGUACGCCUACUUCAAAACGCAAAUCGGUCUGAGUAACUCGUUUCACGCGGACGGGCCGGCGCCGGUCACCCAGGCCGACAAGGAGGUGGUACUAAUCGCCCUGCGCCGGCCGCUCGUCUACGUACAGCCGAUGGCUGUCGAUAAGGCCAUUCUGGUGUGGCUCAACUACAGAAACGCGUACGAUUACUGGAGCGAGCAGAGACGGACGCUGAACCGGGAGGUGCUCACCGCGACUCAACAGGUGCUGGACAAGGUGCCCCACAUCAGUCACAUCAACGUCAACACGCUGCGUUCGACGCUGUUCCUGCAGGUCACUGUGGACGACCUCGGCAUCUGCCUGCCCAUCAACACACACUCAAUGAUGGGCGGCGGCCAGAUGGUCACUGACGCCGACUCUCGGGACGCCCUGGUGCUCACGCUCGAAGAAACGGCCGUCUCGGCCAUGACCUGUGACUCGCUCAUCUGCAGCGGAAGGUUCACCGGAUUCUGUUUGCGCUUCGCCACCGACUUUGAGACGAGUCUGGACGACUGGAAGCCAGACACCGCGGACCCGGCCAUCAUGAACCUGUGCGUGGUCUCCGAGGGGACGUACGAGGUCUGCAGCCACACCGUCGGCAUGAACCGAGCGUCGGCAGAAGACGCCAAAUGGGUGUUGAACGUCUCGUGGCAGAUGGAGGGCGUGGACAUCAACGUGGACAUCAACAUCGGUCGCCACCUCUCCGCGCUGGCCAACACGCUCACCACGUUCACUGACGUAGACGGCGAGGAAGAGGAAGAGGCUGCCGGCAUCGGCUUCUCCGAGAUCGACGGGCCCAGCAGCGCGCAGCACCCGACGCUGACCCGGCGGCGCACCGUCUCCUCGACGGAGCACCUGCACUCGGAGCACCUGCUGGGCGAUACCAGCGACCCGCGCAAACGCGCCAAACUGCUCGAAAUGAGGAUGAACGAACAGGCUAAGGUGGUGCACGAGCUGAUGCUACACGGCGCCUCCAGGAAGGUUCUGGAAGAGGAAACGCGCAAACUGGAAGCGUUCGAGUCGGUCGUUUUCAAGGACUUCCGUCGUGACAUGAUGAAGCGGCUGCGACGCCAGAGUAUCCGCGCCGGCACGGUCGGCAAUAAGCUGUCUCUGGGCAGCUCUGCGCCUCCGGUAGCCGCCAGCCGAAGUCGUUCGACGCACGGCCGGCGCGCGGCCCGCUCCAUGCAACUGCCCGGAGAGCGGCGGCCGGGGACCGCCGACCUGGCCAGCAGCGAGGAGAGCAUGGUGCCGGAGCUGGGUGAGGAGGACUCGGGCUCGCCGCCAGCCCGCGUCACCUUCAGCGACACCCAGAUCCUGCUGAGCCGUCACGCCUCCAUUGACGAGUCGGACGAGCCGGUCCAGCCGGGCCCGUGGAGCCGCCGGCCGCAGCGCUCCACAGAUAGUGUGGACGGACCGUCCCAAUCAGCGGCCCACGGCUCAGAUGGAGGGAGAGUCGGGGUCGAGGUCAACAGCGUCCCGCUCAGCGCCAGUGAGCUGGACGGCGUUGAGCUGCGCCGGCCUCCGCCGCCCGGUCUCGCCUCUCCGACCACACCCAAACAGGCGCCGGUCGAGCCCAACAUCCACUUUGAGCUGGACGUGAAGGUGUUUGUCAGCUCGGGACAGUGCGCGCUGCAUACCCGCGACCCGGCGCAUCUGAGGACCGACACGGACGACCAGCUCAACAGGGAUCAGUACAAACGGCGCGGUCGGCAGCACUCUGGCUUCUCGGACGAGAGCACGCCGUCGUCGUCCCGUCGGCGCGGUGCCAUGCUCCACAGUAGCUCACAGACGCGACUGAAGAAGGCCGGCACCACGCUCUCGGCCUCCAUCGUCGACCUAACCAUCUUCCACAUACCGGGACUCGACGUCAAGCUUCACUACGACUCCAAAAUGGUGAACGAGGCGCCGUCCCAGCGCUCGGCGGCGUUCGUCCCACCGACUCCGGAGUCCCCUCGCAGCGGCCCGGGGCUCAGUCCGGGCCUGAUGCCCAGCGCCAGCUCUACACCAGGCCCCGGCUACAGCCCCGGCCCCGGACACGGCUCGGCUACCUCCGGCUACGGCUCCGGCACGCCCGGCUACGGCCCGAGCCCGCCGGCCGGCCGCGGCCGUACCCCGGGCCUGGAGCGGAGCGGCACGACGCCGAGCUUCGAGCGCAGCUCCAGCGCCGGCUCAGGAAUGGGCUCGAUAGGCGGCUCGGGCCGCCGGCCGCCGCUCUCCAAACGGGCCAGUCUGUUCGUGUGGGUGACCCUGCAGAGCAUCCCGACCGAGACGGUUGUGUCGCCGCACAUACUCGACUUCCUGGACCAGCUGUUCGAGUUGCUGCCGAUGACGCGGGGUCUGAGCCUGCCACCGCCCUCGCCGGAGGAGGACACGACCGAGGACCCGUUGGCCGGGGCGCCGGGCAGCUCGGCCGGCUCCUUCCCCGUGGACGUCAUCGUCUUCUUCCACAUGCAGCCGUCCACGUUCCGCUUCUCGUGUCUGCCCGUCUCCAAAGUGGAGUGUCUGCUGCGACUGCCCAGCCUCGACCUGGUGUUCUCGUCGAAACGCUCCGACCUAGAGCUGAUGGAGCAGCCGCCGGCGACGCCGGCCCCUCCGCCGCCGUCCGCUCGGCGCCGGACCGGCUCCCGCACCGCCCGCGAGUCGGGCCAGACGGAGACCCCAGCCGGCGGCCUGAGCGUGACCGGCGUCCUGGCCGACUUCUCCCUAUACGUGUUCCACCCGUACGGCAACAAGUACUCGGGAAAGGACCACGUGACCAGUCCGCUCAACGACACAGACCGCAAGGACUCGCUCAGCGUCAAGGUGGAGUUUGUCCAGUUCAUCCUGUCGCGAUCCAGGAAACUGGACAUGGAGAGCGGCGGCGCCGACUCCAGCAAGGCGAUUGUGAGAUUCUCCACCGUGAUCGACCUGGGCUCAGCGUCGUUCAAGUACGACAUGCGCCGUCUGACCGAGAUCCUGGCCUUCCCCAAGGCCUGGUACCGACGCACCAUCGUCCGCAGGAUGUUCCUCGGUGACCUGGGUGACACGACGAUCCCGGCCGAGUCGGACCGGUCACACUCGCCCGACAAACCUCCCGCGGCCGGCGGCGGCGGCGGCGGCUCGGCCUCCUCCCCUGCCGCCCCCGCCCCCGCCCAGGGCUCGGCGGCCGCCCGCUCACCCAGCGGCGCCGAGGUCCGGCCCAGACCCAGCAAACUACACGUGCUGCAGCGUCGGCUGAGUCUGGACCCGGUGCCUCCAACACCCCAGGCCGGCGGCGCCGUGGUCUCCUCCUCCUGGGAGACACUCGUCCUGUUCGCCGUCAACUUCACCAAGCUCAACGUCCACAUGAACAUGGGCAACGUCAUGGGAAACGUCACUUGGCAGACGAACGGUUUCACGUCCGAGGGCCGGCUGUCUAUCGGAAGCACCGGCCACAAGAACAUGUUCAUCUCGCUCGGCCUCGGGGGCUCCUCGCUCGAGGCCAAGAGUGGCAUAGUGGGUGGCAACGUUGAGGUCGGCAAGAUCGACACCUACCUGCACAUUCUCGAGGACCCUGGAGUCGAGCCAAGCCACACGGUGGGCCUGAAGCUGCAGACGGUCGAGCUGCGCCUCGACUACAUGGGCACCUCGGUGCUGAUGGGCCGUGUGUCAGCGCUGGACGCCACUCUCCGGGACGAGUGGAGGAUCACGCCGCAGAUGGACGCUCUUCAGGAGGACGCCACCAAACGGCCGGCAAUGAUUUUCAUCCACUGCGAGGUGUCGUGGGACCAGCUCCAACUGAUGAUCUCCAAGUCAACCACCACCGACCUGAUCAAGAUGUACAGCAAGCUGGAGGAAUUCUUCCUGCAGCAGUUCCAGAGCUCGCGGCGCGUCCUGAUCGGACUGAACGAGCGGCCCAGCUCGGGCAAAUCGUCCAGCCUGCGCGGACGCACCGGAAAACAGCGCAGACUCACAGAAGUGCUCCAGGAGACGGCCCAGCAGCAGAGCGACACGCGUCACCACCGGCACUGGCACCAGGCGCUGCGAAUGGUGGCCGCUCUCAAACUGAAGACCUUCACCACCCGCCUGCCGCCGUCCGGCACCGUACUGGGCGGUACAAUCGACAUGCGUGGACAGACCAUCUCAUUGGCCUGCUUCCACGGGCUCAACUUCAAGUCCAAGAGCUGGGCGCUGUUCAGUCUGCGAGAGCCGAGCAUCAACUUCUCGACUGAGAGCCAGGAGAUCGAGACGGGAGCGCCUCCUGACGUGCACGUGGUGGAGACGCUGUCCAUCAGUCUGGGCCUGCUGUCACAUCAGCCGACGGCCCGGCACGUCAGUAUGGCCACGGUGACGCGCGUCACUCGAACCAUCCUGUUCCCGCCGCAGUUCCGCACCAUGCAGGAGUGGUUCCACUACACGUUCAGCACCAGCGAGCUGGACGAGGUGGAGCGCUUCCCGAGCCUGGAGCGGCCGCACUGGGACGGCGCCGGCAGCGGGGAGCGGCGCCAGUCGCGCGGCCAGGCCAGCCCACCGCCGCAGCCGCUUCGGCUGCAUGACCACAACCACACGGCCGAGAUCGUGUUCGCCCUGCCGCCCAUGCAGAUGCACCUGAAGACGGAGCAUACGCAGAGCGGCGCAGAGCCGGAUAUGACCGCUCCCAAACCGGUGGUUGUGUGCAGUUUCGUCACCGAGUUUGAGGACCACAUCUUCGUGACGACGGACGCGGAGAACUUUUUCUUCCUGCACGACCUGAUUGACACCUACAUCAGUCGCCAGCCGGAAGGCGGCGCCGGCGCCGGUGCGGGUGCCGGUGGCCGGCCGCGCACCGCCGACAAAUCGACGCCCCACCGCCGAUCCGAGGGCCCGGUGUCUGCCUCGUCGACGCCGUCGACAUCGGCGCGCUCCCCGACAUCGGCCGACGGCGAGCACAAGGUCAACGACCCGACCCAGAUGCUGCAGCAGGACUGGCGCGAGUUUGAGUGCCGCACCUGGCACCUGGAGCCUACGGUCAGGCUGCUGUCAUGGGCGGGCCGGCGCAUUGAGCCGUACGGCGUGGACUUCAUCCUGAACAAGCUGGGCUUCCGCCACGCGCGCAGUACGAUCCCCAAGUGGCUGCAGCGCGGCUCCAUGGACCCGCUGGACAAGGUGCUGGCCGUGCUCGUGGAGAGGACCGUCCAGGUGACCCGCGAAGGUCACUGACCUCGGCCAGGUCACCCUACUGACGGCGAUCCUGGGCGCUGAUUGGAGGCGAGGGUGUCUUGAACUCUUCACUGAAGGAGACGGGUGCUACCGUCGUGAUGAGCUUUAGAAAUGUCGUUGUGAAAUCCGGACUUCAACUGUUGUGGUUCUUCCAUUGGACACUGACAGAAGGACAGUGACUUGGUUAAAACGGACGCUAGUUGCGCCGCCGGAGAGUGGAGGGUGGUGCUAGGCUGUGCUGACGACCAACUGAGAUUGAUGAAAAUAACAUUUGUGUCGUCCGGUUCGGCUUCAUUCGCCACUGUGAUCGGCCCGCGCGACUCAGAGGCAGUGGUAUGUUGAAUCGCCGCGAGAUACUUAAUUAGCCGUUAUGUUUGCAGAGGCCGCUAGUUAUUAUUGGUGCUUAAAUAUUAUACCAACCGGAGUCAUCAUGUGAGGUUGUGAUGGGGGGCCGCUCUCUGCGCGCGGCGCCGAAUGUGAUUGAUCUUUUUACGAGAUUAUACUCGUGUGAGUGUCGCGCACAAGUCCAGUGUACAACGUCAGCCGCCGUGCUGUGCCGUGGUGCGUUCGCUCGCCGCCACCGCGUAUGUUUCGCCGCCCGUAGCCGUCCCAUGUAUGUCCCGUGUCGAUCAGUGAUCCUAUACCAGAUUCCCGUCUCGUGACGACUGUAUGUACCGCUAGUGCGCGGCGAAGGUGCUAGGUCGCCGGGCCGGCCUGUCCACUGGUUUUGUGUGUUGUCCGAUUGAUCUUAAUGUCUGUAUCCUGUGACCCGUUCCUGAUCUUCGUAGGCCGACCGAUGCGUCGAUAUUGAACCUCGCUCGGCGUCCGACGCCGGCUCUAGGAGCGAGCGAUAUUGUGUCUAGUCGCAAACCCUGCUCAUCGUGUGUGAUUUUGUCAGAGCUGCUAGAGGAUAGUGAUCGGGAUGCUGAUAGAAGCUUGGUUGUGGUGUUUGUGGAACCCGCGCCACUCCGAAAGUGCCGUAACAAAGGCACACAACUCACGGCGGGUAUGUUUGUCACACGCGGUAAUCCGCAUCUGCUGUUGUUGAAAUGGAAAUGUGAACACAUAUAAACAUUAUUAACAUGCUGU